UUGCCAAUGCACUACUUUUGCAAUUGCUUGCGGAAGGGUCGGCGGCGGUUGCUAGGAGCGCUGUGGCACCGCUGGCUCCGGUGGGAGGGACGGCCGUAUGGUGGAGCUGAUUGAAGCGGAGGAGAGAGGGUCCCAGCGCGGAGUGGCAGCGGAGAGAGGGUCCCAGCGCGGAGCGGCAGCGGAGAGAGGGUCCCAGCGCGGAGCGGCGGAGGAGAGAGGGUCCCAGCGCGGAGCGGCGGCGGAGGGAAGGCCCAGCGCGGAACGCCGCCACCAUGGAGAGGAAGCGAACGAUCUGCCCGUGUCUGCCCCCCGGGUGGAAGAAGGAGGAGGUGAUCCGGAAAUCGGGGCUCAGCGCCGGCAAGAGCGACGUUUAUUAUUACAGCCCAAGUGGUAAGAAGUUCAGGAGUAAACCUCAGCUGGCUCGAUAUCUGGGAAACAGUAUCGACCUCAAUAGCUUUGACUUUCGGACCGGGAAGAUGAUGCCCAAUAAACUACAGAGGAAUAAACAGCGUCUUCGGAAUGAAGCAAUAAAUCAAUCAAAGGGCAAGUUGGAUUUGAACACAUCCCUGCCAAUAAGACAGACUGCAUCCAUUUUCAAGCAGCCAGUAACUAAAGUUACAGAUCAUCCCAAUAACAAAGUUAAAACAGAGCUGCAGAAAGUAAUAGAGCAACCACGGCAACUUUUCUGGGAGAAAAGACUCCAAGGUUUGAGUGCAUGUGACAUUGCUGAACAGAUCAUUAAAUCAGUAGAACUUCCCAAAGGGUUGCAAGGUAUUGGUCCUGGCAACACAAAUGAAGCAUUAUUGUCUGCAAUAGCAAGUGCCUUACACACCAGUUCUGGACCCAUUACAGGACAACAGUCUGCAGCUGUAGAGAAAAAUCCAGCAGUUUGGCUCAAUGUUUACCAGCCAAUGUGCAGAGCAUUUGUUGUCACAGAUAAGGAUAUCAGGAAACAAGAAGAACGAGUACAGCAAGUGCGAAAAAAACUGGAGGAAGCUCUAAUGGCAGAUGAGUUAGCACGAGCAGAGGAAGUCACAGAAGAAGGACGUGUGGAACAAGAGCAACCUGAUGCACAAGGGUAAUUACAUUCCAUUUGCACUCAAAAAUCUCAAGCCCAUUUAAUUCAAGGCUAUGUGCAAGCACGUAGGAUUGAAAGAAAUUAGUGCAACUUGGGCAAGAACAUCAAGAAUUCCAUUGAAAAAGGAUCAAUGUACUACUUGGAUCUUUUAUUAUAUUUUUAAAAGGGUGGAAAUGGACAGAGAGGCAGUAAGGUUUCUGUAGCCACUUUAUUGUUGAUUUCACUGAAAUGUGUGGAUAAUUAUAGCCUCUACCUUUUUCACUACCAUCAUGUUGAAAAGGGCAGAAUAUUCUCACUUCUGUGCAUUGAAUUCUGGAAAGAAUUGUGCCCAGUCCUUUUAUUUUUACAGAACUUUGAAGCCUUCCACGAACCAUUAUCGACAGAAAACAGUUCCAGUUUUUAUGUACAGGAAUUGAUAUCUUUGAUUUCAAUUGUUGGCCCACUGGAGCAGUUUAAGCAGCAUGAGUGACUUAUAAAGAAGAAAUGUUGCAGCUUGAAUACAUACUUGCAGCCUUCACUUUCUGAAUUGCAUUUGUUCUUUCAUCCCUCCCUUUAUCUUUCCUCUUCUCAUAUCCAACUAAUCCUCUGAACCAUCAGUGCUACCCCUUUCACCCCCUACAACACCCCAACCACUACCAUUACUGGGUAGGUAGCUAAUAUUACCAUCUCGUGAAUGACAUGAUCUAGCAACAUAACUUGGAACAAGCAAACCUUUGGAUCACAGUGUGGACAGACAAUUCAUUCUGUUAUUUUCAUAAAGAAAGACAAGGUGUUCCCCAAUGGUGGAAAACGUAGUGUUAUAAGGCUGAAUUCAAUGUGAUAACUCUUUUGGGCAUCAGAUUAUGUUUAAAAAUUGAAAUAUGUGAUAAAUAUAUUUUUAAAGUUAGGUCCUUUUUUUCUUUGGUUAAUAAUAUCUUUGUAAAAGUAAUUGGAUUCUGUGACACUGUGCAAUGUAACAUGCUCUUCUAGAUACCAGAAAUAUUUUUUGUGCUGUAUAUAAGUAAUUUGUCCAUUUAUCAUGUGGCCUAGGAUUUGAUAACCUAUGGCUUUAUUACUGAGUAAAGCAAAAAGGGUAUAUAUAUAUUUAAAAAAUAUAUAAUUAUUUACUGAAAGCACCUGUACAAUCUAUUAUGACAAAAUAAAGGAAUUGGUUUACA